AAAUUGCAGGGACAGUGGAUAUCAUAACCGCCUUUUAUUGUAAGAGAAAUCACAAACAAAAGUAAUUGAAAUCUCAAAACACCAAGGAUACACAAGGGCACAUCACUAUUUUUAAUUUCAAAUGUCAGAUAUGGCAACCAGAAAUCUAUACUCUAUGGCAUUAGUUAACUCAAACUGUCAAUUACGGGGAAAUAAUAUUAUACGCGCUUAGCCAUUCUUGUUACCGUUCUUUAUCAAUUUGUUUGACGAUUUGUUUACUUGACUGUAUGUUUUAUAAAAAUAGUGUAACAAUAAGUAUUAAGCCAAAAUCAUAAGUUAAUUAAUAGCCAAAUAUCAUGUUGUGAAUAUACCCGGUUGUUCGUUAUAAAUGAAAAUGUCUAACUCACUUUCGAGUAACAAAACUCAUACGAAAAAGACGAAUAGCAGCAGAGAACGUGAUAGAAAUAAGUCGGUAGCCUCGGAAUCUGGAGGCUCCAGCCAGUGCGACACACCGCCGCUCAACGAAAAGGAAGGGUGUUCAUCACAAGGCAAGUUUGCAGGCAUCAGCCCUGAAUCAGUGACAUGUAUGACCGAGCAGGCGGGCUAUGAGGUUAAUGCAGAGGCCAUCACUAAUCUUGCUGAAGAUGUCAGCUAUAAACUUAGGCAAACAAUUAGUACUCUUGCACUACACAGUGAGAUGAUGAAGAAGACAUGUGUGGAUAGUUGGGAUGUAAAUACAGUGCUGAUGCUUGCGGACACCAGCCCGGUUGUUGGUGCAUGUGUGACACAGUAUACCCCAUUUGGUGAAGAGAAACUCUGUGUUCCCCUUGACAAUUUAUUAAACGUAUCAGAGUUCGCGCUGACCCCGCAGACCUACGUAUACGGGUCCGUACCCACGAUGGCCGUCGAAUGGAUCACGGACGACAAAAAUCUCAAUAACAUUAGUAAUAUAAGUGUACACCUUCAUAAUUAUUAUACGAAAGUUGCAAGAGCGGUGCUAAGCCUUCGAAGAAAGCCAAAAGAAAUAGCGGUUGAGGAUCUAAUGACAAACACGCGCAUCGGACCUAUAUUCCCGAACCUGUUCAACUUGGCCGUGCUGGUGCUAAACGAGGAUAACCUCAACGCGCUCAAUGUUCCCGCCAAGAAGCCGCUACAGUCAAAUGUUCUAGAUAUGGUCGAUGCUCUCUGUUCGAAUCCCUGCAGUUUGGAUACUAAUAUACAACAACAGUUUCAAAGAUUAUUCCCGGUGAUGGUCUCAAACAUACUCGGCAAUGGAUCGCUCUCAGAUAAAAUGGUUACGAUUCUCACAAAAAUAACCCGAACGUGGCCAUCUUUUAUUACUAUAGGCAAAGGCAUCUUAUUCGACUACCUGGCGCAGGGCACUAAGGAGCGGCUGACGGCGCCCAUGAUCAAGUGUGUGACGGCGCUGGGCCGCGCCGCGCUCGUGGAGUGUCUCGCGGAACAUCUCGACCACCUCGACAACACCAUACACGGCCCGCGCAGGACGCAUCUGCACACCGACCUUAGGGAGACUAUACUGGAUGUCUCCACGUGCCUACUCAGAUCUGAACCCACGACCUUCCUAGAAGACUACGUGACCACCGACUACACGCUGUAUGAAAUGCUUGGCGAUUCGUUAAUGCCUAGACGGAUAAUAUUCCCUAUCGCAGAUAAAAUCACAAACGUAGAUACUGUCCCUGAAAAUACUUCGGACGACGACUUCUAUACACCAAACAGGCCUGUCAUGAGGAGGCCGAAACUCCGCCUAAUACCGACAACUCCCAAACUACGGAACGGCCAUCAUAGGGAGGCCGUCUUCGAACCCUGUAAAUUCCAAAGUGAUAAGUGCAUUCGAAUAAAAAUCAAAGGGUGCCGGACACAAGUGUCGAGACCCAAUACAGUGAGAACUUCAGUGCCAGUGUCAAACUUAGUGUCGGGCAGUCGCGGCGUCGUGGUCGCCGGCGGGCUGCUACAUAGAUUUAGGUAUAAAUUAAGCAAGUCUAGUGAUACAUUUCCAAUAUUUGGAGCUGUCAUGUUGUAAGCUUUACUCUAUUAUAUAUAAAUUAUUACUUUUUGA